AUGAGAGCAGUCCUCCCAGGUAGGCCGAAGUCUGGGCUCCAAGCUCUUGCGACGGGCUUCUGGGACUCGAGGCACUUCAAUGUCUACAUAACCGGCAGCGCAUUUACCAUCCUUGGCGAUGCCGAAACCAUCGUUCAGACAAUAUACGACGACGACCCGAGCCACUUGAGGGCCGUGGCCUUCGACGAAUCCUCGGGCAAGAUCGCGACCUGCACUGAUGCCGUCGUUAGAGUCUAUAAACCUUUUGGGCAGACCGAAAAUGCCCUGAAGUGGGGGCUACAAUUAUCGUACCCAGUUCCCGAUCGUCAGAAUACUACCGAUGCAAUUUCUCUAAGCUGGGGCGCCACUGAGGAGCUACUGGUUGCCUGCUCUGCCCUUUACUUAUACUCGACUGUCGACGAGCCAGAACAGCUGUGGAUCAAACGUCUUCCGACUUCUGUGAAACUCGCAGAGAUAUCCUACGAUUCAGCAUACAUAGCAUCUGUAGGCGCACAUGACUGUCUAGUCAAAGUCUGGCGCCGCUUGACGUAUGGCGCUGAGGAUGUGCGCUUCGACCUGGCCUACCUUCGCCACCCAGAUGUAGUGACGAGCCUUCGUUGGCGGAAACCGUUUCACACCGACCAGACUGUAGAGAACGUUCUCUUUACGACGUGCGCCGAUAAUGUUGUCCGAGUGUGGACUAGCACUGACACGCAUGCCUUUCGACACAUGACCCUAUGGGGGUCCGUUGACGUGGCUUCGUCCCUCCGAUAUCUCAGUCCGUAUCCUACUCCGACUACAGCACCGCUCAUCACCUUCCUCAUCGAUGGAAGAGAAGUCUCUGCUGCCACAGAGCUGGCCGUUCAGCGGCGUUCAAUAAAGGAAGAACCACGAGAUGAAGCUCUUGAAAGCCUCAUUUCCUUGGCCAAUAACAGCGCCGAGCUUUGUGUUGCUUCUGACGCCAUUGGAAAUAUGAUGGUUUUUGCGUUCGAGGACGUGGGCUCCAAGACGAGCAAGUCCAAGACCGCCAUCAAAGUGACAAGCUUCAAGUCGCAAACGCUUGACUUCAGGUCUAAUCAAUACGUUGACAUACAAAGCUAUUGCGAUCGGCAAACCGGGCGACUGCAUGUGCUUGUUCAUGACUUUGAUGGUCAGAUCCAAGUUUACGACGCAGACUUGGUAGAGUUCCUAGGCAGAAUGAACAAGUCAAACCGUCUUACUCGGCGCUGUAGCUGGACUGGCCAUUCAGCGCCUAUUCAAAAAAUGGUGCGAAAUUUUAGUGGUCGAGCUGUUGUUUCUAGAACUGAAGAAGGCGAAAGCAUUGUCUGGACGCAUUCUGAAACUAGUCAGACCAGCUUGUCACGCCAGAGUGUCAUUCAGGGAGGCGUUCACAUCCAUCGAAUUUGUGUCUUGCGCAAAGGUCGUUUUGUCAUAUUCCUGGAACACGAAAAAAUAUCUCUAUGGGACUGUCGGCACCAGAAAGCAAUAUUGCUCGCGUCUCAAUCGUACGGGAUUUCAGGCAAACCACUAUGCUUGUUGAUUCUCCCUCGGCAUCGAAUCGAGGAGUAUGCUGUUGCUCACAUUGCAACCGUUACGUCCGAGCAGGAGGGCCUUGUUUGGGAAGUUAACCUACCUCGAUACUCCAGUGAAGGUGCUGAUGCAUACGCCAACGGCCCAGAGGAGAUCUCGAUUUGUGAAUUUUGCAAAUUCAAACUGGAAGACGCCGAGGGAAUCGCUUACAUGCUCCCUGUCGAUCCGGCGGGAUCUAAGCCCGCAACGUCCGGCUUUCUUGAUGUGUUUGCCAGGGACAUCGCAGUUUCAUAUACCCACACAGGACGGGUAGAUUUCUGGACAGCGAGAGUCGGCAGCACAGGGAAAAAUGUCGGAUGGCUUUCUACCUCCUCGGCAGAAACAGGCCUUGCGGAGCCGGCCCUCGUCAGCGGCAGUACUCUGAAGAAAGCUGCAAUCGUGGAUUCCACAAGGUCUCGGUUAUCUAUUUGGGACAUUGGUGGUGCUCGACUCGAGUUCACGCAAGACUACGGAAGACACAACACGAUUCAAGACCUUGACUGGACUUCGACCCCAGAUUCGCAAUCUAUCCUUGCCGUUGGCUUUCAAUCCAAAGUAAUACUGCUCUGCCAGAUGCGGUUUGACUACUUGAACAAGGGACCAGCCUGGGCCGCAGUCCGGGAGAUCAGUAUUCGUGAACUCACUCCUCACCCGAUAGGAGAUUCGACCUGGCUGGGCGAUGGACAUCUCGUCAUCGGUUCAGGUAAUCAGAUGUUCGUUCAUGGGAGGGAGUAUGAUCUAUCCGGCUCUCUGAUCAACAGCCUGCAGCUACCGCACAGGAAGAACGGGGUCUGGGAUCUCUUCGACGCCGUUCAAAGGUUUAACGGCCCUCUGCCGGUUUUUCACCCUCAGUUCUUGAGCCAAUGCAUCCUUGCAGGCAAGAGCAGCAUAGUCCGAACGAUUCUCUUGUCGCUGCACAGAACCCUCAAGUUCCUCAUUGCGGGUGAGACUGUUGAUGACUACCUGGGACUCGAACCAGAGGUUUUCUACACAACUGGGGCCUCGCCGAUGCAAGCAUCUAGGGCCCAAUUAGGGUCUCGCUUUAGUUUUCAAGUAUCUGCGAACGAGACAGACGAGGCAGACGAAGCCUUUAGCGAAGAAACCGCACUUGCCAUUAAUGAGCGUCUUACCAAGUUUGGUCUUCAACAGCUGUCAGGCCAUGAGCAAAUACAAUUAGCCGAUAUCGUUGAAUGCGUUGGACUUGUCGAGAAACAGCGCAGGUCUCUGGACGAGAAUGGUGCGCGUUUCAUGCUCUUUUUCCGCCAGCACGGGCUUCGUAAGGGCCGGACAAGUGAGAUUCAGAUGUCCUGGCGAGAGAUCAACUGGGCCUACCAUUCGACCAGCCAGGAUAUUCUUGUUGAUUUCGUUUCCAAGCAAUGUCACAGUGCAAUGCGUUGGGAGGAUGCUCGGGAAAGCGGCAUGUUCAUGUGGCUCAGCGAUCGCAGUGCCUUGCUUGCGCAAUUCGAAUUCGUUGCACGCAACGAGUACACCAAGAGCGAGAUGAAGAACCCUGUUGAUUGUAGCAUCUACUAUCUGGCUCUGAAAAAAAAGACAGUCCUCCAAGGACUCUGGCGAAUGGCUCACUGGAACAGAGAGCAAGGAGCAACGCAGAAGUUGCUGGCCAACAACUUUGAGGACCCGAAAUGGAGGACAACGGCGCUGAAGAACGCUUAUGCUCUGUUAAGCAAGCGACGCUUCGAAUAUGCUGCAGCGUUUUUCUUACUUGCGGAUCACCUGCAAGACGCUGUCAAUGUCUGUUUGAAUCAACUCAAGGACCUUCAGCUCGCAGUAGCGAUCGCGCGCGUUUACGGUGGUGACCAAGGCCCGGUAUUGAGGAAGCUUUUGGAAGAGGAGGUGCUGGCUGUGGCCGCCAAGGAGGGUAACCGUUGGCUCGCAUCAUGGGCCUUCUGGAUGUUGAACCGUAAGGACAUGGCGGUCCGGGCCCUGAUUUCACCGGUAUACACUCUGGUUGAGACCCCGUGCUCCCCCGAUAUGCGAUCGAAAUUGUUCCUCACGGACGACCCAGCAUUAGUGGUCCUUUAUUCGCAAAUGCGGCAGAAAACACUCCAGACUCUUCGCGGAGCUUCAAAAGUUACUCCCCGCGUCGAAUGGGAAUUCGUUCUCCACAGCGCCAAACUCUAUGACCGAAUGGGUUGCGAUCUUCUGGGCCUGGACCUAGUUCGCAACUGGGAGUUCCUGAAGCCAGCUCCGAGAAUCGCUAACGGAUUGGGCGGUGAGGUCAACCCGCUGAAGCUACUGCGCCGACGCAGCUCGCUUGUGGUUGCAGAUCUGCCGGUGUCGAGCCUUCAUGUGGAGAUGAGAUCCAAGGGGCAGGUAAAUCAGUCGAACCCAACGGUUUUCCAGGAACCGGACUCGAGCUCGCUGCUCGACAGUUUCGGUUUCUAG